AUGUCGCUUGCUCUCAAGUUCAGUUCCCUCGCUAUUCGUACCCUUUCCAAGCCAAUAGCUAAUUUCAUCAAGAAACAAGCACGCGAACAUGAUGGCUUCCGCCGGACCUGCAUCUCUUUCGCCCAAACUCUCCACCGAAUCGACAUGCGAUGGCGGAUUGGCCUACUACAAGAUGCCGCAGCGCUGGAAAGACAGGUGGCAAAAGAGCAGGCGGCAGAGGCUGCUAAGAAGCAUAAACACACCAACAUAUCUACCGUCAAGACAGAAGCACAGAUGAAAGCUGAGGAGGAAGCUGCCGCAAAGGCUGCCAAAGAAGCACAGGAGCCUCCAAAGCCGCGUGCAAAACCCAAGAUCAGACCUUUGUCUGAAGCCAAAGCAAUCGAGUCAGGCGCCAAUUUCAUAAGCGAGGCAUUUCUCUUCAGUGUUGCGGCGGGUCUGAUACUGUUUGAGUCAUGGCGGUCGGGCAGGAAAGCGACCCAACGGAGAGAUGAUAUCGCUGAGAGACUGAACGACCUGGAGGAGUCUGAGAAGGCUGCCCGAAAAGCAUUGGUCGAGUUAGAGAGGGAAGUCCUCCGCCUGCGGGCAAAAGAGAAGAACGGGAAGCCAACCGCCGCAAUAAGAUUACUGCCGAAGGAGAUUUAUGAAGAGAAAGAAGAAGAGAAAGCAGCGACGCCGGUUGGUUGGUGGUCAAGGAUCACGUCCUUCGCAUCUUUCAACAAGGAUGACAAGGAGGCAAAGGAAGCACUCGCAGCGAACGAGCCAGGACCUGCAGAAAAGAUCCUCGUACAGUCUGAUAAGGCAUUAGAGGAGAAACAUAAACAACAGAAGGCCCUUGAAGACGCAGAAAAGGCGACUUCAGAGCAGAAACCAAAACCGUGA